AUGCUAAUCAAAUCGAAUCCCCAAACCAACAUGGAUCUACCAGAUCAACGCCAUACUUCCUCGUCCCCUCCCAGGUUGUUAGAGCAAGAUCUUUCCGGAAAGGUUGCUCUAGUCACCGGAGCCACCCGUGGAAUCGGUCGUGCUAUUGCCCUCCAUCUCGCUAGUCGUGGGGCAUCUAUCUUGGCCACGUCCUCCUCACCUAAUUCUCUUCAUCUCAUCGAGUCUCUUGCCACGGAGGUGGGCGAGCUUUACGAAGACUCGGGUUAUCUACGCCCUCGGGUCGUAGGAGUAGCGGCUAACCUGCUGUCUCCGGAUUUCGCCGAUACCAUUGCGGAAGAAAUCCAUGACACAUUCAACAACAAGGUGCAUAUCAUAAUCAACAACGCAGCAUAUAGCGAAAUGCGGCCGAUGGGUGAGCUUGAUGCAAGUUACAUCCAUGAUAUGCUGCUUGGCAACGUUCAAAGCUUGGUCUUGUUGAUAGAGGCUCUCUUCACAAGAGAGUGCAUCCAGCCCUUCUCGAGAAUAAUCAACAUCUCAGGCGCCGUGUCUAGGUGUUCCCUGCCAACUCCGGGAAUGAUAAUCUAUGCUGCUGUCAAAUCCGCCAUGGAAUCGCUUACCCGCUCUUGGGCCGACAUCUUGAGUACAGAUGAGAGGACACAGGGCACCACAUCGAAUUCACUCCUUGUCGGACCAACUGCUUCCGAAAGCUUCCUCGAAAGGGGUGCCCCCCAGUUCAGAACUCAAACUCUGACUAACGUGAAUAAACCGUCAACUCACAAGAGCAUUGGUUGGCCUAAUGAUAUUGCCGAUGUUGUUGGCUUGCUAGUGAGUAGGCGAUCACAUUGGAUCAACGGUAGUACAAUUGGGGCCGACGGUGGCAUGUAUAAGGUUCUGUAG